CCUCGGUGUAUGUCAGACGAGGUGGAGCAAUAACACUUAAUUGUCCAAAUACAGAUGGUACAGCGCAAUGGUCAGUUACAUCUCCUUCUGUCUUCAUUUACACUAUCGGAACAGACAUCAAUCCGACAAUACCUAAUUCUUUAAGAACCAGACUGGCUGUUGAUAUACAUAACGGGACAUAUAGCCUUGGAAUCAGUGAUGUACAGCUGUCAGAUGUCAGGGAGUACAGAUGUACCACCGGAGUCACAGACACUUUCUAUCAUCUACUACUGUACAUUCCACCAGUAUUUCCUGAAAUAGAGAACACAUUUGCCGUAAACGGUCAUAACAGGACAAGAGGGACGGAGGAUGGAAGUCUUACUUUGUCCUGUAACGCACGUGGCGGAAUCCCGGUGGCAAACGUGUCGUGGAUAAAAAAUAAUGUCUAUCUUGUUAUGAAUGACAGCACAGCCCAUUACACAAAAGUGUUUACUCGAGCAGACGACAGGACAAUGUACAUAUGUCAGUCUAGUAGUCCAGCCCUGACCAGUCCCCAGACUACCAGUGUGUUGGUAUACCUAGAUUUAAAACCGGGAGAGCCGGAAAUCCCUGAACAGGUUUCCCAGAUAGAAAACAAGAACCUACAGGUAGUUUGUAUUUCAACUGGAAGUAGACCACCCGCCAACAUACAGUGGAAUAUUGGGCGUAAAUGGCUAUCCUCCAAUUCUACUGAUGUCAUGGAACUUGACAGCUCAACAGAAACGUAUACUUUGACGUCGACAUUAUCCCUCCUUGUAACACGUCACAACGAUGGGGAGUCUGUGUACUGUAGAGCCAGUAACCGGGCCUUGCCUGCGGGGAUCGAGUCAGUUACCCGCACUUUAACAGUAUUGUACCGCGCUGACAUCAACGUUAGCGGUAAAAACACAACAUACACGUCAUCCGAGAGACUACUGACUUGCGCACCUGAUGGUAAUCCAAACAUCUACAAAUUCGGUAGAUGGAAACAUACAGCGGAGGACGGUUCAGAGAUACGUCAGUUGACCGGAAGUUCAAAUUCCACACACUCGGUCCUGACCCUGCCCGACCCCGGCGUACCACGACGAUAUGAGGAUACCGGUUACUACAUAUGCAUAGCCACUAACAAUGUCCCAGACUCGUCCUCCUCCACGUCUGGCUCUGUCUUCUUCGUCGUUGAAGCUCCUCCUUUGGUAAUAACCAACGCAACAGUGAUCAAGGAACAGUUAGGGAACAACGCCACUAUUGAGGUAGAGUUUUACAGUAGACCAACAGUACAUCCUAAUGACAUCGAGUGGACCAGAAAUCCUAACAGAUUAUCUCCCCCUGUUAGAGCUCUAACGUCUAUAGUAGACAGGUCACUCUUAGUGGCUUUCCAUGGCGUAGACGUUCACGUCAAAGGCUAUGUGACUAUACUGAGAAUAAGUAUACUAACAGAACUGGACUUUGGUGACUACACUGUGACAAUAAACAACAGCAUUGGGGUGACAAACCACACAGUGAAACUAUUAAAAGCAGGUGGCAGACCUCAAAGCGGAAAUAAAAGGUAA